AUGUCUGAAGCCCAAUCUUUCUAUGACCUCUGUCCUUUGGAUAAAAAAGGAGAACCUUUCCCAUUCAGCCAGCUCAAGGGGAAAGUGGUGAUCAUUGUCAAUGUCGCCAGUAAAUGUGGGUUCACUCCUCAAUACAAGCAAUUGCAAGAGCUUUCCGAAAAGUACCACGACAAAGGUGUUGAAAUCAUCGGUUUCCCAUGUAACCAGUUUGGUAGACAAGAGCCAGGCAAUGCUGAAGAAAUUGCCAGCUUCUGUUCUUUGAACUACGGGGUUUCUUUCCCAGUGUUGAAGAAGGUUGAUGUUAAUGGCUCCAAUGCUGACCCAGUAUACGUGUGGUUGAAGUCAAAGAAGUCUGGCUUGUUGGGAUUCAGAGGUAUCAAAUGGAACUUUGAGAAAUUCUUGAUCGACAGAGAAGGUAAUGUUGUUGAAAGAUACGGUUCCAUCACCAACCCAACAUCCUUGGAACCAUCUAUCGAAAAGUUGUUGUGA